AAAGAGGGCUAAGGUUUUAUCGGCGCAUAGUAGAAAAAGCCCACUCCUCCUCCUAAAACCCUACCACUUCAUUUGUUUCCUCCCAUUUUCAUUCUAUUGCAGAAGCACACACCAGCUAAAAAAAACAAAAAUGCUUAGAAUCACAAGAACGCAACAACCACUCCAGUCCCUAACCCACCAAUUCCUCCAACGUUGUUCUGUAAGUGGAACGUCGAAAGGAAAAGGCAAAGAUGGGGUAGCAAAGAAACGCUCUAAAGUAACAACGAACAAGAACAAGAAAUCAGGCUCUCAAGAUCCUUCUAGGCGUCAAGACUCUGAGAGGAACCGUCUUUAUGACCAGUUCAUCAACGCACCAACCCCAGUUCGUUACUUAAAGCCCAAAGACCGUGCUCGUGAAGCAGAAAGAGAAAAAUUGGGACUUCUAAGCAAAGACAGGAUUCGCGAAAAGGAGAUUUUAAAGAAAGGUGGAAGGCAAGCUAUGGGUGUUCCUGAUGAGCCCAUGAUUAUAGGGACUCCUGGUUUAGAUUUGAUUUCUUUAGGUUUGGUUGAUGUCGAUAAGAUACCAAAAUAUGAGUUGACUGAGGAGGAUGGGAUGAAAUUGGCCAAGGAGUACAGUAGGGUGUUGAUGAGAAAGCAUAGGGCCAGGCAGGCUGCUUUGACUAAUAGCUUGAAGUGUAAGAACGAGGCUAUUGAGGCUUUACCGGAGAAUUUGAAGAAGGCCGCCUUGAUACCGGAUCUAACGCCUUUUCCUGCUGGUAGUUUCAUGGCUACUUUGACUCCACCCAUUGAAGGGUAUAGUGACAAAAUUAAUGAGGCAGCGAAGAAGAGUGCUGGGAUGCAAAAGAUUAGAUAGACAGAUGGAUGUUGUUCGUUAAGAGGAAAUCUGACGAGCACUUGCAAACUAUCUGAUGUAGUGCGGAGAUGAGAAGGAAAACAUGGAAGAGGAAAGGAGGAGGUGGAGAUGGAGGAGGAGGAGAGUGGAUUAGAGGAGAGAAAAUUAGAGAACAUCACAUUCAAUCUAUCGUCCAAAACUGUUUGACAAUAAACUACAAUAACUUGAAAACUAAUAACGCGAGAAUAUCUUGAAGGUAACUCCAUCACCCCUCCCUUUUGCUGCGAUGAACUGCGUUCAAGAGUGUGAUUGCGAUUGCAAAUUAUUAUUAUGACACUGUAAGCCAAAAGACAUUGUCUUUUGCUGUGGAAAAAAGUCACGCCUCGUAUAAAACUUUGGAUUCUUAUAGUACUUUUCAAGGAAAAGUUUAAUUUGGUU